GCCCGCGCUUCAUGGCUGCGCAGGAAUGGGACUGGUUCCAGCGCGAGGAGCUCAUCGGACAGAUCAGCGACAUCCGAGUCCAGAACCUGCAAGUUGAGAGGGAGAAUGUGCAGAAGCGGACUUUUACUCGAUGGAUAAAUCUCCAUCUGGAGAAGUGCAACCCACCUCUAGAAGUUAAAGAUUUAUUCGUCGAUAUACAAGAUGGCAAAAUCUUAAUGGCUUUGUUAGAAGUCCUGUCUGGGCGGAAUCUGCUACACGAGUACAAAUCCUCAUCCCAUCGUAUUUUUCGGUUAAACAACAUAGCGAAAGCACUUAAGUUUUUGGAAGAUAGCAAUGUAAAGCUGGUUAGCAUUGACGCAGCAGAAAUAGCAGAUGGCAACCCCUCUUUGGUUCUUGGGCUGAUUUGGAACAUAAUCCUCUUCUUCCAGAUUAAAGAGCUCACGGGCAACCUCAGCAGAAACUCUCCAUCCUCCAGCCUGUCACCCGGCUCGGGGGGCACAGACUCAGACUCCUCCUUCCCGCCCACACCCACCGCAGAGAGGAGCACAGCAAUCUCGGUGAAAGACCAGAGGAAAGCCAUCAGGACGCUGUUGGCCUGGGUGCAGAGGAAAACGAGGAAGUAUGGCGUGGCGGUGCAGGACUUUGCAGGCAGCUGGCGGAGCGGGCUGGCUUUCCUGGCUGUGAUCAAGGCCAUCGACCCCAGCCUGGUGGACAUGAAGCAGGCGCUGGAAGACUCCAUGCGGGAGAAUCUGGAGAAGGCUUUCAGCAUCGCUCAUGAUGCCCUUCACAUCCCUAGGCUCCUGGAGCCAGAAGACAUCAUGGUUGACACACCAGAUGAGCAGUCCAUCGUGACUUACGUGGCUCAGUUUCUAGAACAUUUCCCGGAGUUGGAAGCCGAGGAUUUUGUAGAUUCUGACAAAGAAGCCCCUAUCGAAUCCACCUUCGUUCGCAUCAAAGAAACCCCUUCAGAACAGGAGAGUGCCGUCUUCCUUCUGACCGAGGACGGGGAGCGAGCCUACACCGUCAACCACGAGGCCAGCCACCCGCCUCCCUCCAAAGUCUUCGUCUGUGACAAGCCUGAGGAUGUGGAGGAACCCUGCCUGGGUGGCGUGUCCAGCCAGGAGCUGGUGGACAGCUCCUCCGAGUUCAUGAACCAGAUCAUCGAGCAGGUUCUCCAAGGGAUCCCUGGGAAGCUCAACAGCACCAGUGAACUGGCUCCAGAAUCUUCCAUCCUAUCAUCCCGAAAGGACAGCCGGAGGUCCAACUCUCUGCCCAUCAAGAAGACGGUGCACUUUGAGGCCGACACCUACAAGGAUGCCUCCUGCAGUCAGGACCCUUUCUACAGCGCGGACCUGCACUUUGAAGGGAGCCCUGGAGAGACCAAGGAGUUGUCCAAGCAGGAUGAACAGGUCUUGGUGGCUGACGUUGCUGAAGAAACACCAAAACAGGAGGUGCUGGACAUCCUGGAAGAAGCAGCCUCCGACAAGGUCCCUGACGACGUGUUCUCAGUGGAUGGUGAGAUCAGUCAUCCUCCCACUUCCCAGACCUCUCCCCCCUGGAAUGGGGCAUCGGAAAGGGCAUCCAGCCCUGGGGACGAAGGCCAUCUCCCCUCACCGCUGGGAGAGAACACCGUUAUGGCCAAUGCCUUAGAGAUCAAGGUGAAGCUGCUGAUGGUAGAAGCGAUGGAUAAAGAAGACUAUUUUGAGGCCAUACCAUUAAAAGCCUCAAAGUUUAACAGCGACCUCAUCGAUUUUGCCUCCACCAGCCAGGCUUUCAACGAGGUUCCUUCGCCUCAUGAGAAAAAACCUGCAGAAGAGGAGGUGUCGGAGGAUCACCCUGAGAGAUUGGGCAAACGGAGAGGGAAAUCCGCCCACAAGAAGACAGAUUCGGAUGAGGCCCCAGUGAAGCUCGACCAACCUGACCCUUGCAAGGACCCUGGAGACCAAGACCAAGGCUAUUCUUUGGCCCCCGAGGAGGCCCCAGUGGAUAAAAAGCCAGAGGUGUAUGAGAAGGCCAAGCGCAAGUCCUUCCGACGCCGCCGUCGGGGAGAGGAGGAAGGGGAAGCCGAGUGCCUCCGGGGGCUCGGGGGAGAAUUGCCUUCCAACCCGCCGAGCAGCAGCGUCAGCUUGGAGACCCUCCACAGCCCCAGCGAGGAGGGCCUGGACUUCAAGCCAUCUCCCCCGCUCUCUAAGAUUUCCGUCAUCCCUCAUGACCUUUUCUACUACCCACACUACGAGGUGCCCCUGGCGGCGGUUUUGGAGGCUUACGCAGAAGGCUCGGAGGAUUUGAAAAACGAAGAGAUGGACCUGGAAGAACCGGAGGGCUAUCUGCUGAACCUGGGGGCCAGGGAGGAUGAGGCCGAGGAGGCCGAGGCCUCCCAGAGCAGCUUUAGCUUCUCCGGGCUGGGCGAGGACCUCCCCCAGGCCAGCAUCACAGAGGAUGCCAGUCCCGCCUCGGAACCCUCUCCCCCACCCUCGCCUGAGGACCACCAGCAAAGGGAGGUCGAAGAUAGCAUCCCUGUGCAGGGCCAUCAGUCCCAGGAAUUCCCAAACUCAGAAAAUGUAGCAAGCCCCUUAGAGGAAAAGGUAAUGGAAGAAUCGAUCAGCAGUAAAAAAAAAGAGAAAAGGAAACAUGUGGACCACGUAGAAAGCUCAAUAUUUAUAGCACCCGGAACUGUUCGCUCCUCAGAUGACCUGGAAGAAGACACCGGUGACCACAAAGUCCUUUCCAGGACGAGUCACAGUGACUCCAGCAUUUACAUUCGACGACAUACUAAUAGGUCUUUGGAAUCGGAUCAUUUUAGCUAUGUUCAAUUGAGGAAUGCAGCGGAUGUGGAUGACAGAAGAAACCGAAUGUUAACCAGGUACAAUACUCAGAAGCUCACUGAGCUGAUUUUACAGUUUUAUGGCAUCAGAGCAGACAUGAAGAGGGAGUGCAAACAUGCCAGGAUGUCUAUGAAAGCCAACCACUCGGGCAAAGCCAGGCUGCGGGAGAUCCACAGCUCCCAGAGCGACUCGCUGACACAGCUGGUCCAGCAGCCGGACGUGAUGUACUUUAUCCUCUUCCUCUGGCUCCUGGUUUACUGCCUGCUGCUCUUCCCCCAGCUGGACGUCAACAGACUCUGAUGCGUGUGUCUGCGUAAUAAAAGAGACAGGACCCUGGCCGUGGGGUGGGCAUUCUCCUUCCUUCCUCUUCUUGCCUAUUCUGGACGGGGCACUUCUGCAGAUAGUGGAAGACCUCCAAGGAAACUUAGACCCCCCCACCUCCGCCCUGUUCCCACUUUUUUUUUCAUGUUUCCUUUCGUUUUCUUUUCUUGUAAGUCCUAAGCAUGCUUUUCUCUUAGGCUGUGAACACAGCACUCAGGUGUGUGGCCGGUGGGGUUUGUUUGUGUGCCUUGGUCUGUCAGGUAUUACUCUUAAGCUUCGUGGCUGAGACUUAACGGGGCUUCUCAGGUGGCUCAGUAGUAAAGAAUCUGCCUGCCAGUGCCAGAGACACAAGAGAUGCGGGUUCGAUCCCUGAGUUGGGAAGAUCCCCAGGAGAAGGGAAUGGCAACCCACUCCAGUAUUCUUGCCUGGAGAAUCCCAUGGACAGAGGAGCCUGGCGGGCUACAGUCCCUGGGGUUGCAAAGAGUUGGACAUGACUCAUCGGCUGAGCACAAGCACUGAUUCUUAGCUCGCUUGGUUUUUAAGGUCCCAGAUGGACUUGAGUUUCUCACCUCCUGAUAACAAAGAGGAUGGAUACCCCAGGGAGAGCCCCUGUGGAGAGAAAACUGCCCUACUUUCCUCUAAGAGUGGCAUUUGGGUGAAGGUGCUGGGGGUCCUGUGGUCAUUUGGUGGUUGGUUGUGGUCAUCGUGGGGCGGGGCAGGGGGUUAUCCAAAGAACAGCACAAAACUGCCAGCCCCAGGAAAGUGCAUCCACAGUCGGCAAAAUUCACAGAAAGUAAAGGCAGUGCACACUUGUUCACACUAGGGUGUUUUUCUAGGGAGAGGAUGCAUUUUCAUUUUGCUUUUGCACUGACUGAAUUGAGAUAAAGCUGUGAUUUUGUCAAACCUUUUCCACCCAUGGAAUCCUCCUUUCAAGAGGAUUCUCAGGGGGUGGUCUAGUCGAAACAUGAAAAGCAGAGCUUUGGCUGACUCGGGGCAAGGCCUGGGAUCCCUCUUGUUCUGUCUAGGCAGUCCCGCACCCGUACCCCCCACCUCCGGCUUCCAUCCGUGGCUCCUGAGGCUGGUACCCAAGGCCCCGCAGAGCAGUGUAAACACCUAGAUCCUCCCAAAGCCCCAGGAAGAGGGCAAGAGUGACCUGGCUGAGAAUGGGCUCUGGUUGAUGUUAGAGCAGGUAGUAACCCAGCAGGUUCCUGCUCCGAGAGCACCUUUGUGCACACCUGCCGCACAGCGCGAGUCUCAGCACCGCCGUCCUUUGUGGUCCGUUAUAAUGGGUUUCUUGAAAAGGAGAAAGGUUUCCGGAAGGCAUCUUGAGAAGUAGCCAGAACUGGCAGGUGGCAGAGGAUGGGCAUCCAGUCGCCCUCUGGUCUUCCUUUUACCCUGGGCUCCCUGCUUCCUUUCAAGACACAGGCCCUGCCUCCCUGGGUAUCCCUUCCUCCUCCCCUUGUCCUCCCCUGCUCAGAAAGCAUAUCGAGUGAGACUUAUAAACCCACAGACAAUGAGGUCAAGAGGGGCAUUCAGACAGCAUCUUUGCUGCUGAACCCAGAGAGGCAGAGCCGUUUGACCCAGAUGACACAGCCAACCGGGAGCAGACUUGCAAGUGUACCCAGACCACCCGAUGUCCCCUCCGGAGCUGUCCCCUCUCUUAGGGAACUUCUCUUGGGCCCAGGGAUGUCCUGAAAAAAUAAAAUAAUAAAAUGAAUAGGUAAGAAUGUACUCAUUUAAAACAAAACCAAAAUUUUUAGGUCAACAGCCAACCUUUGUUUUUUUCUCAUAUUUUUCCCACGAAGUUUUGUUCCCUUCCAGGCUUGUCACCCGUUCCUUCUGGAAUACCCUUCAUGGCUCUAACAGCCUGUCAGCUGACCCACCAGUGUUGUUCUUACUCCAAGAAUCAUGCUUCUCUCUCUGCAAGCCAAGGGCUUGCUUAUUUCGAGCAGUGGGUCUCCAGUUUACAGAAUUCCAGCAUGGCCGAAAGAAUUUACCUAGCACAUUUCAGUUGAUGACAGCCAAAACCUGACUUCUAUCCCACUCUGGUUAUAGCCUGCCUGCUCUCCAUGAACGAAUCUAAGCCUUCCAACUGAAAGCUUUUGGGAGCUUGGAGCAAUUCCAUCUAGAGGGCCAAAUGUCCCAUGGAAAAUGAGCUAAUUAAUGAGCUCCCUAGCAUCACUGAACGCUCAGAGGUACGAUACUAAAGAUUAUGUGUGUGAUAUUUUAUCACUCUGGACAUCAGACAGUUCUCACCUAAAUUAGAUGCUUAAAGAGCCAGGGAAGAGCUGACCCAAACAUUAAUCAUUUCAUUUUACGGAUCUAGACCUUGUUCAGAAAAGUCUGCAGGUUUUCUCUCUCACCCAUUACAAAGUGUAAUAUUGUUUAAAACCAUCUACUGGCAAGAUGCCUGAAAGUCAUUUAGUUCAAGUUGGCAGCAAACUGAUUUUUUUUUUUUUUAAGAAAAAAAAUUCUCACUUGAGGAUAGGCUUGUGUGAAUGAAGUCAGUUAUAGAAGGUGAGUAAGAAGCCAGCAGGACAAACCACCCCAUGAUUUGUAUUUAUUUUUAAUUCUUAUCCAAGUAAUACAUAUUCAUAGUUUAAAAAGAAACAAAUAUAAAUAAGCCUUUUAAUGGAAACUGGCAAUCUCCUGUGUCUUGCUUCCUGGAAGUAACUCUUUCAACUCUUCCUAUUUCUUCUAAUAUUUUCCUUUGCAUUUCUAUAUAACAUGCUUAUAUUUCUUUUUAUUUUUAGAAUUUAGAAUAGCAAGAUAUCUACUGGUUUGUUGCUGUGGUAGAGAAGGAUCUUGCUCUUGGCCAAAGCCCACUUUGUUUUUCCAGCAUAGUUAGAUUAUAUUGUUUGGUACAUCUCUCUUCAUCGUGAGCCUAUGAGGUCUGUUUACUUCUGAACCAAGUGGUGUACUAUAGUUGCUUGUCUUUUCCCGUCAAAUUUUUUCUCCUUGAUGAUGAUGAUGAUUUUGGUGUGGCACCUUCCUUAGUAACUUCUGAGAAAAGAACAUGGAAAGUAAAUAUUUUGAGAUUUUGCAUAACUUUAAAUGUCCUUAUUCUGCCCUUACCCAGGGGUAGCUGGGUAUAGAAUUGUGGGUGGAAAAGAAUACUCUCCCACCACUCCCACCUCCAACGUGGUUGUUGAGAUUCUUAAUGUCAUUCUGAUUCCCAGGCCUUUAGCUGUGACCUGGGUUUCUCCACCCUCUCAGGAAACAAUUUAAGAUCCCUUCAUUCUUAGUCUUCUGAACGGUCACUUGGUACCAAGUGAUGGUGUACCUUUGAUGGCGUACCUUGUUCUGGGCUCUCAUGGGAAAUUUCUUAAGUUUUCUUGUAAUUGUUCACAUCUUUUCUUUCUGGACCACCUGUUGUUUCAAUGUUGGACCUCCCAGGCUAAUCCUCUAAUAUUGUUUUUUCUAUUUCUCAUCUCUUAAUUUUUUAUCUGCUUGCAAAGACAGUUAACUUUAUCUUCUCAGUGUUCAUGGUGAAUGGUUUUUAAUUUCCAAAACAUUUUGUGGCUGUUUUCUUGUUUCUGUUUUAUAGUGUCCUGUUCUUGUUUCAUGGCUACAGAACUUAUCUCUCUGGAUGUUCAUGAUAGUAGGGUUUUGAGGAACUUCUUUUCUGCUGUUUUGCUUUUAUUUCCUCUAAGUUCCCUUUCUUUUGGUUAGUCUCAAUCUCUGUCUUUCAUGUUACACAUUUUCUUGAGAUAUCUAGUGAUCCUGUGGAUCUGUUCUUAUGUAAGAGUGAUAUUUCAAAAAAUGGAUCAGAAACUGUGUGUCAACUUGUGGGUUUUUCUGUAGGGUCACCAGGUGGGCACCUGAACUCUUCAGGGGAGGACCACACAUAUCAAUAGUUGCAGGUCUUUUCUCAUCGUGUUUCUUUAGAGAUAUUUCCACUUCUCUCUGAGCAUACACAGGGCUGCUACUAGCCUAUGCAGAGCCUUCAUGCAGUUUCAAAAGGGCAUUCCCUCUGAGUGGAUGAUUUCAAGAUAGGUACCCCUCUGAGGCAGACGCCACCCGUGGGCACAUGGCCAAACUGGCAGGCACAUCGUUUGCCUCUUUCUCCAGGGAAGGGCUUGAGGAGCAGAGCAAGGGCUGGAUUUAACUCCCAGUUGCCCCUUAGCCUUGCCCCUUUGUGCAGUGCACAGACCGGAGGGCUGUACCCAGAGAUGCUGGGGCACACCCGAGUGCCCACAUCCUGACCUCUGAGCAGGUGUCUCAUCACCAUCAGUAUGUAGAUACCCUGAGUUGGUCCCACUGCACUGUGCCUGGUGUCCCGGGUUGGAGCUCCUCUGCUUCCCCCGAGGCGUGGCUGCAGCUCGGUACCACAUCUCUCCUCUGCACAUAGUAGGUGUUGGGAUUCCCUGGCCCUGCUCCCGUCUGCCUCCACCCUGCCCCUGCCAUAAAUGGGUUGGCAUCUCUCCCCUGCUGUCACCUCCUCUCUAUCGCUCUGUCUUCAUGAUGCCAUCACUUCCAUUCCUUUGCUCUUUGUUUCUGGGCUCUCGCCAGGGAAGACAUGAGCCCACGUGCUCAGGUCACCAUCUUGAACACACGGGCCCUGUCUAUGCAGUCCCCCACGUGCUCUCUCACUGCUGGUUAGGCAAGCUCGCUGCUGCAUAGACACGCUUGUGAACUUGCCCUGAGUCCUGCUGGGCCAGUGGUCUUCAUGUGCCUUCAGAUCACACUGGGCCAAGUUGAGGGGUGGGGUGGGGAGGGAACACACAGCACUCCCCUCGAUGCCACAGUGCAGAUGGGGUUCUCCUUCCUGUCUCUUUCACCUCCUGCCCCCACACAACCAUCUUAGAACUCCUGCUCCCCACAAGCUCCAUGGAGUCAUGCACUUUUUAGGUUUUCAUUGCCUGCCUUGCUUCAUUGGGGAAACCAGUGUUGGCCCACACUGGUGUUGGCCAGUGAACAAUACAGCUGCUCCCUCUGUGGGGUGGCUGUUUGGAACUGGGUGAACAGUUUUUCCCCCUCAAGCUAGGACUUUGUGGGAGAUGGGUUACCACCAGGACUGAAGACAGAGUACCCUCUUCUCUGCCCCUUAGACAACCACUCCAUACACAGGCUGCUUCUCCCUUUCUGGGAUUGAGCACAAUUCUCCCCAGCUAGGAGAAGGCAAUGGCACCCCACUCCAGUACUCUUGCCUGGAAAAUCCCUUGGAUGGAGGAGCCUGGUGGGCUGCAGUCCACAGAGUCGCGAAGAGUCGGACACGACUGAGCGACUUCACUUUCACUUUUCACUUUCAUGCAUUGGAGAAGGAAAUGGCAACCCAUUCCAGUGUUCUUGCCUGGAGAAUCCCAGGGACAGUGGAGCCUGGUGGGCUGCCGUCUGUGGGGUCGCACAGAGUCGGAUAUGACUGAAGUGACUUAGCAGCAGCAGCAGCAACUCCCCAACUCUCCUCUCAUCCCUGUGCAGUGCUAACCUGCUCUGUGUGAGGGUCAAAAUCAUAGAAGGCAGAUUUGGAGGCAGCCUCCCUGUACAAUCGAUCUCCAUAAAUUGUACAUUGUUUGCUAGCCUUAGGGAUCAUGUAAGCAUCUAGUGUCUCAUUUAAGAGAUGAGAAAGUAGAGGAUCAGAAAGGAGAAAUGACUAGUCCCAUUGUUGCCUAGCGCCCUCAGGAGGGACAUCUUGACACCCAAGUGAGUUUUCUGCAAACCUCCAGCCUCCGGUCCCUGAAGCUCAUUUGCACCUCCUUCCCCAUUGAGGAGUCAGAACAUCCAGGAGCUGAUCUCAGACACAAGCCCGAGGAAACAAGGAAAGACUGUAUCUCCCUGAAUACCAGAACUCAUGGUCGCUUCCUUGUCAAGAACUCUUCCGUUUCCAUGGUUGUGUCAUUGAAGGGCAGUCCUGUGACGCACUCUCUUUCAUGUGACCUUGGCUUUUCUUAACUCUCCAGAAGGCCACUGCAGCUUGCAGCUAUGGCCUUUCUCUCCUGUCUGCUUGGAGACCUCCCCAGUCAUCUCCAUUGAGGUCCUGAAGUCCCCAAGGUGGGCUGUGUGCGAGUUUCAAGCCAGCAUGGCUCUUCAGAACCUUCUCAGUGAUGCUCUGGCGAAGAAACAAGAGCCCAUGAUGCCCUUUGGGUCCAGAGGUGUUAUUUUUCUCACCCCGACAUUGCAUCAUCUCUGCUGAAACCACCUUUUGGGGGCAGAUUUAGUGCCUGGGACCACAGCUGCUGUCCGGAGCCCCCACUGAAUGGCUGGCUCUUCGUCCAGUCUGUCCAGCUGCUGAGCGAGGCUGCGCUGAGAGCCAGCAUGAGUGGUAACAGGCUCAUUUGCUGGAAAUGGCUGCAGAGUUUGCCUGAACAGUUAGCCAGUGUAGGGAGCCAAGAAAUGAGACAUGGCUUCUUUGCUGGACAUGAAAUCCCACGGAUCUUUUUUUGCACUGUCUCUUGUUGGGCAUCUGUUGAGGAAAAACAGUCAGCAAAGGGAAGUGAACCUGCUACAGGCAGAGCUGGGACUCAGUCUGUUUUGCAUACAGAAUUGUCCAUUUCCAUGGUGAGCAUGCAGAUGCUGUGGCCUCAGGCUCCAGGUGAGCCCUGGCCCUCCGUGCUCUGAUGUAUGACAGCUUCACAGUGACCCGCAGGUUUUCACCAUCCUCUUCCCUUGUGGAUUCUGCCAACUUGGGAAGGGGCAAAGGCCUGGAGACUCAGCCCCUACUUCCCGAGGAUCAGCAGAGAUCCUCAGAGUUCGGAACCCCUCUGAUUCUUCUGGAAUCGCCAGGUCCUGCAGCAUGGGGAAGAUCGACUUAGAUGUUUAUAAUUUGUUCUACGACCCUUGAUGAAAACCCGUCUGACAAGCAGUCACCUCCAGCCCAGGGCUGUAGCACCAACAAGCCAAAAGCAUCCUCGUCUGUGGGAAGAAGACAGCUGGUGUUUUAUGCUGUUUGACCACAUGGUGUUAAAUACACAACAGUCUGGCCCUGAUCCCGCUGGUAACUUUAAAAUCUCCGACACUUAGAUGUCAAGGCCAGCUUUCAUCUGGCAGGAAUCUCUCUAACUGAAGCUCCUCACCCCACCCACUCAUUUUAGAGUCACUUCCUUCCCCAGGAGGUAUUAUUGGAUGGGGAGGAGGGCAGGUUUGGGAAUUAGCCAGAUUUAGGUUCCAGUUCUGGCUCUGUCUCCAGAUAUCUGGAUGACCUUGGGCAAAUGACCUCUCUGACCAUCUUCUGUGUAGAGUAGAUACUCAGUACAUGUUUGUUGAGUGAAUGAUAGUUCCUUGUGGACUUGCCCAGCGGUCCAGUGGUUAAGACUCCAUGCUUCCACUGCAGGGGACACAGGUUCGAUUCUUGGUUGGGAAAGUUCCACGUGUGGCCAAAAAUACUAAUAGCUUCCUUGUGAGCUUGUUACAACAUUGUGCGCUGCUCAGCAGCUCCUUGUCUGCCUGUCCCUCCUCGCCAAGGUAUGACUAGACCUCCUUUCAUUAUAUUCAGUUACUAUAGCUUUUCCCAGCUUCUUUCCAAUCCACCUCCCUCUUGCCAGCUGCUCAGUCUCAAACCUAACUCAUACCUUUUAUAAGAGGAAGUCUACCCAUGAACUCACUGGACCCUUAACAAUCACAGGAGGUGGUUCUUUCACCACAGGAGGUGGUGCUUUUAGCUUUAAAGGAAGCUAAAACACAAGAAGGAAAAAUAACAAGAUCAUAGAGCUGGCAGGUGGCAGAACCACAAAUAUAGGACUUCCUUCCAAACGUUGAUUUCCACCCUAGACUUCACUGCUUAGAAAAUAAGCUUUGCCCGGAGGAGAUUCUGAUUCUUACUGACUUCGGUUUAGUUGGCAAGCGUGGGUGAGGGUCUCAGAGCUGGGCAGGUGGUGAAGUUUAUCCGUCACUUGUAACCCCUCACCUUGCAUUCUUCCCCUUUCUAGGUUUCUGCACACUUUGACCCUUCCCUGGUGACAAAGUGGUAAAGAAUCCACCUGCAAUGCAGGAGACCCAGGUUCUAUCCCUGGGUCAGGAAGAUCCCCUGGAGGAGGGCAUGACAACCCACUCCAGUAUUCUUGCCUGGAGAGUCCGACGGACAGAGGAGCCUGGUGGGCUACAGUCCAUGGGGUCACCAAGAGUUGGACACAACUGAGUGACUAACACUUUCACUUUCCACAUCAACACUGCUUAAAUAUUUCCUUCAUCCUCAGUUUGUAAAAGUGCCUGAGUAAUACUGUACAUCAAUUAUACUUCAAUUAAAAAUAAGUUUAAAAAUUUUUAAUAACUGAGGACACCCCAAAUUCAAGUUUUAGCCUAAGGUUGCAAAUUUGCAACCAAAAUGACUGCCUUUAAGGGCCUUCAGCCCCAUAACCUCAGUGUCUAACAUUCAAGAGUGAGUGACUUUAAUUAACUGCCCCCAGCUCUUCACUCAGUUCUUCUAACACAUGCUUUUCAGAGUGGAAGAGAGGCCGUCUCCUUUGAAAAGCAAAUUUCAUUGUCCUGGGCAGAACACAGUUAAAAUAAGGAUGAGAACAUAAUUCCUUGGAGGAAGACAACUGGUUGGUCUGUGAGAUAGGAAUCACCAUUUUUUCCUUCGUUCUGCUUUUAAAAGUUGUGGGUUUUGCAUUGUUGCAAAAACAAAUAGAAAAGUGUCUUUUGAUAGGGUUUUUUCUUUCCCCAUUUGCAAUAGUUCCCACUUCUCUUAGCCCCACUGGAAGUCAGUAGACUUUGCUGUGAGGAUAGCGACAACAUGCCUGUAUUCCUAAGGGUUGAAACACUUUUUAAAAGGAAACUCUUAAGAGUGUCUGUAACCUAGAGAGUUGACAGUGUUCCAAGGUAGGACAGCACUGGCCUGGCUGUUAGGAACCCAUGCCCUAGCUCCGGCCCACCUGCUGUGACACCUUGAAUAAUUCAUUUACCUUUCUGGGUUGGAAGUUGGAAGAUCUCUUUUUAGAAGUUCAUCCUAGGUUUAAAAAUCCAAAGGUUAGCAAGUUCUUUUUUUUUUUUUUUUUAUAACAUCUCAGUAAGUGGCCUAUUUGCUUAGAAUAAAUGCGCCUCUGCAUUUGUAAGUGAAUUCCAAAGCUUAGAGCACGGCUUCUGGCUUUAGUAUUUAGAAGGGUGCCUUCGGAAAGGGUUUGGUGGAAUAAAAGGUAGUCUGUCUGUGGAAGGUGUGGGGCUGGAAGCUUGGAGUAGAACGUGCGAGAUCUGCUUCCUGGGCUCCCAGAACUAAACUGGUCUCCUUAAAUUAAAUCAGCAUCUGACACAGCAGUUUUCUCAGAUUCUUUGAAAUUCACAAGUUCAGCUGCAGGAAUACACAGAUGGAAACAACUGGACCUUUCUAUUCUCAUCUUAUCCCCUGCCCCUCCGAGCAUCAACAAGCAAAGUGUUAGUUGUUCAGUCAGGUCCGACUCUCUGCAAUGCCAUGGGCGGUGGCCCACCAGUCUCCUCUGUCCAGGCACAGAAGUUCCACUUGAAUCAGAGGCUGCUUGCAUAUCUAGCAUUGGAUCCUUGAAGCCGAAGACUAGCACGUUUGUGUAGAAUGUCCCUGGGGUGGGUGUGGCACUUGGGGAAGGGAUACCAUGAAACAGAGACCCUUUGUCCUUGAAUUGCACCCUAUAUUAGCUGCCAGCGUCACUUACAUUGGUGCUGGUCACAUCAGCCAAAGACAAAGAGUAAAUAUAGAAGGAUGGUUGUUCCCUACCAUGGAGCAGGUGCAUGGUCGUGACCGAUCAGUAAACCUGGGCACAGGAGUUGUUGAAAGUGUAUACUAUUGAGGGAUGAUAGGUUUAUUUUUUCAAGGUCUGUAGUAUGUUUAACAGAUUCACUGCUACCGUUUCUCUUAAUGUCAUGGCAGGACUUAAUUGAUAAUGUCUGAAUAUUUUUACUGGGAGCACUAAGAGAACUAUUGGAAAAAAGUGAAAUGUUAUUUUGUAGUACAAGAAUUAUUUUGUCUAUUUAGUAUAUGCAUACCUGUAGCUUUGUAAAAAAAAAAAAGUAUCUUUGUAAAAAAAUUGUAUGAACGUGCACUCUUAUUUAUUAAUUAUUGUAAAUGAAGAUAUAAAUGAUUAUUUGCAUAAUUUAUACCUGUGGGAAAUUAACUGGAGUAUUUGUUAUUUGACUCUUUUCUAUUAAGGAGUAUUAGGCUUGGUGCUAUGAUGAAUGGUCUUGUAAAAUUACAUGUAUUCUUAAGAAAAAUUUUGAGUAUAAAUCUCAUGA